CCAUCAGACCAACAAGAGGACCAUUGUGCAGAAUAGAACAAGCGUCUCCACGAAAAGCAAAAAAAAAAAAAAAAGACCCCCCCAAUUGAGUGGCUGCGGUGCUCGGUGCGCAGAGACGGUGGUUUGAGGGCAAGUGAGUUUGGGGCGUGUUUGGCGUGCGUCGCAUAGAGAGAGCGAGGGACGAUGAUGAUGAUGGUGAUGUUAUAGCUGGUUGCAAGGUACAGAGGUAUAGUGGACAGACAUGGAUGGCAUCGAAAACAGGGCUGGAAGCGGAGAAGCAGUCGAAUUGGAAGCAGCGCUGGAAAUUGCGAUGGCCGAGGGAAAUUGCCAGACACGGCCGCCGCAUGGGUGGGACGGACGGCAAUGCCUUCCCUUCCUGUUGGCUGGAACCGGCUGGCUGACUGGCUGACUGAUUCCCACCCAGCCCAACGGCUGCGGCUGGCUGGCUGGAUCCACACCCAUCUCUUUUGCCUCGAUUCACCACGCUCAAACAUCGUCGGCUGCCUUGCCCUACGCCUUUCCCUUCUUUUUCUGCUUUUCCACUUGUCCGUUUCCUUCUUCUCUUCGCUUCCUGCGUCCGAACAAGACCGCCUACACACUCCUUGACCCAAUUCUCUUCUCGCCUUGCCUCUCCCAGGUAUACAUAGACAACGACGCUCGAGUACAAAUUCGCUGUGCUCGCGAUUGCGCAAACCUCCUUGACCCCGGCUGCCGUCACCUGCUACGACCCCGUGAAACCAGCCCAUUGCGAUAUCCUCCUGGCCGCCCGUCCGCGGUCCCUUUCCUUGCUCUCUUGCGCUGCAACUCCCAAAGAGCACAUACCCAUUGGCAGUUGUUGGACGGAGCCUUUGGUCCGCCCGAGGUUGCUGUGCUGUGCUGAACUGUGAUCGCGGAACAUGGAUCAGGACAACAGAAUCACCAUCACAAUCUGUGGGGAUGGAGGAUGUGGAAAGAGUUCCAUAACCCUCAGGUUGGUGAGGAGCGAGUGGACACACGAUUAUGACCCUACCAUAGAUUCUUACUCCGUAACCCGCACCAUAGAUGGGAUCCCCUACUUUCUGCAACUCACCGACACCGCCGGCCAAGAGGAGUACCGCUCAUUGUGGGCUUCAACGAACCUACGCUCCGAUGCGUUCCUCCUUGUCUAUGACAUCACCAACGCAUACUCGCUCGAUGGCCUCGAAUACUUCACAGAUAUGAUAGAUAUGGAGACGGACAAUCGCAUUGACAAAGGGGAGGUACCCCCCGUGAAGAUAGUGGCUGGCAACAAAUGCGAUUUGAGCAGUCAGAGAGUGAUCAAGAGUCAGCAGGGAUUGGAGUGGGCGAGGAAGCGUGGAUGCGGAUUCAUGGAAACAAGCGCACGGGAGAUGGUCAAUAUCGAGGAAACGUUUGCUUUACUGGUGCGUCGUGUCGUUGAAGCUCGUCGCCUUACCGCGACCGGCGGUUCAUCGAAUGCAUUACACCCUGUCCGGACAGCCGCUCUGACUCCUACGAACCACAAAGAUCACACCACAGUCGAUGCAUCGAAUGAAAAGGCGCAUGCCGAAUCCCCAAGUAUCUGGAAGAAGCUGCGCUGCUGGUAG